AGGGCCGCUCCACUGCCACUCUACUGAGAAGGUAUCACGUCGCCAUGACGGAGAAGGACACGCCUCCCUCGGCUGCGACCAAGGCUGCCCCGUCCUUGGGCUCAGAGGAGGGAGGAGGAGGUGGAGUUGGAGAGGGACAGCCUGAUGCCAAUAGUACCUACUCUGAUCUAUCGGCUUUGGCCAACCUGUUUGAGAGUCAGGAGGGCUCCCAGUCAACUCCGGACCUACCCCAGGACCCGGCUCAGGAUCUAGCCCUGCCAGGCCAGCUGCAGCCAGGGGACGGCCGACAGAACCUCCGCAUGAAGUUCCACGGUGCCUUUAAGAAGGGCAUCGCCAACCCCAUGGACUUGCUGGAGUCUACCAUGUAUGAGUCACCCGUGGUGCCCGGCCCCAAGAAAGCCCCCAUGGACUCACUCUUUGACUAUGGUACCUACAGUCCCACCAACAACAAGAAGCCACGCAGGAAGAAGCUCCUACGAGGGUGAGGAGGUACCUCUGUUUCUGUUUGAAAAUGCAACUUAUUUGUUAUGGUGGCCACAGGGGUUCAUGAGCACAUGCAGAGGCAUAGAUUGUUAAACAACAUGUAGAGUUAGGAGGAGCAUAGUAGAUCACUUCCAGGGUGCAGAUGUGACCUACUGGGUUCGAACCCUGGUCUCCUGCACACCACAAAACUGUGUUAGCCCCCUGAGCUUAAAGCCUAUAUAUCGGCUCGGGGAGCGAACGCAAGUCUUCAGGUGUCAGGCAAGGUUGUUCGUCAUACAAAUGUAAUUUACCUAACUAUACACUGAGUGUACAAAACAUUAAUAUUGAGUUGCACCCAACUCUUUUGCCCUCAGAACAGCCUCAAUUCGUCAGGGCAUGGAUUCUACAAGGUGUCGAAAGCGUUCCACAGGGAUGCUGGCCCAUGUUGACUCCAAUGCUUCCCACAAUUGUGUCAAGUUGGCUGGAUGUUCUUUGGGUGGUGGAACAUUCUUGAUACAUACGGGAAACUGUUGAGCAUGAAAAACUCAACAGUGUUGCAGUUCUUGACACAAAGCAGUGCGCCUGUCUUGCCCAUUCGCCCUCUGAAUGGCACACAUACACAAUCCAUGUCUCAAUUGUCUCAAGGCUUAAAAAUCCUUUUUUAACUUGUCUCCUCCCCUUCAUCUACACUGAUAGAAGGUGACAUCAAUAAGAGAUCAUAGCUUUCACCUGGAUUCACCUGGUCAGUCUAUGUCAUGGAAAGAGCAGAUGUUUCUAACGUCUUGUAGAUAAACACCUAAAGUAUGUGUUAUAUGUGAGUAAACAGGAUGUAUGUGUUAUAUGUGAGUAUACAGUAUGUAUGUCUAUGGUCCUACACAGUAAGACUGAGAUGUCCUGCGAUGAAGGUGUGGACCCUCCGGGCUCAGAUCCACCCAAGGUGAUGAAAGUGUUUAACCGCACGCUGCUUUUCGAUGGCGUGUCACGGGCCGACCCGGAGGCCCUCUCAGGCCUGCUGGAGUACCUGCAGGGUCACGACAAGAGGCUCACCGACGAGGAAUUCAAAGGUGAGAUGAUCCCAGUGGUGGUGUGGUGGGUGGAGCCCUCUGGUGCCAAGUAUCUCCUGUCUCAAAUGAGCCUAUGUCAGCUUUCACAGCCAAAGGCAGAAAGGUCGGAGGAAAAGAGAGAGUAAACAGACCUCCUCUCUUUCUGCCCCUAGGGGUUCAACUCUCUGUCCUCUGACUCGGUUAUCUAUCUCUGACCUAUCAGUAUCCCCCCUCCUCUCUUCCCUGUUGUUCUUGGUUCCAAACAGUAGGGAGAAUGAAGCUACUGUGAUGUCAGAGCUUUUGUCCUGCCAGAGGCGUGUCCAAGGACAGCUUCCUGUCGGCUGUGUGUUUGUGUGUGGAUGAAGGUGGGACUUUAUAACAGAGAGCAGAGAGAAAUCACAGCAAACUGUCUCCUCGGUGAAGAAAAGGACUAAAGUGGGCUUGACAGACUAGCUAAAAAACUCACAGACCUAAAGUCAACAAUAGAAGCAGACAACUUACAGUACUUCAACGUUUGGUUUGGCUGUUCCUCAUGAUUUUGAGACGUUUCCAUUUUCAUUGAAAUGUCACGCUUGCUUCCCUUCCCUUUCCUUUGUUAUCUUAUCGCUAACGAUUUAUCACCGUUCUUUACUUCCUCUAUUUUUGUGUAUUCUGUGUCCCUAACCUCUUCCCCUUCUCUCAACUGGGAACCAGAGCCAUGUAUUUAGAGAGUUGGGGCAAUGCGGUUUCUGCAUUAUGACACAUUUACAUGACACUUCAACAUUCUAUGGCAGCCAUGUUAGCUCCCCAAUAACAUUACAUGGGGAAUAUUUAAACAGUGCUAUGUUACUGAAUGUCUAGACUUAGAACAAUAUAAACAAAUUCUAAAAGUUGGCCUAACUCUCUAAAUAUAUGUAUCUGCUGUGUUUCUCUCUAUGUACAGUUCUGUGCAUCAUAAAGUUCACCUGUACUGCCGCACAGUGAAAAAACAUUUCCUUCAAAGUGGAUGUUACUGCUCAGUCAGGGGCAUAUUUCAGAAAUUGUUUAGUAGCUGAUUGCUUAUGAACUUGGCGCUUGGUGUCACCCUGGCUGCAAGAGAGUUUUUCACAUUAACAAUGCACUUUGCUGAAGCAAAGUAUUUCGAAAAAUGUAUGCCCAGAACUGUACAUGUCCACUCUGAGUAUCCCUCCACCCAUCCUUUUUUUGGUUGUAUUUUCUUCCAGAACCUUCUACAGGUAAGACGUGCCUGCCCAAAGCCCUCCUGAACCUGUACAAUGGUCAGAAUGACACCAUCCCUCUGCUGAUGAACAUCGCAGAGCAGACAGUCAACCUCCAUGAGUUCAUCAACACGCCCUUCAGAGAUGUCUACUACAGAGGUGAGCUAUCUACUGGUGAUGGGAAGUUUGUGAACUGCACAUCACCAGUCUCUACUCAUGUUAGCGCUUCACUAAAACAGGGUCCUGUUCAUUAGGCACCAAACGAACUGAAACAGGGAGGGACUACUAUCUGGACUUGGCCAAUAACAGAUGCUCACUUUCGGUCUCCAUUGCAAAAUGUGUUUUUUUUACGUUUUCUGUUGCGUGCACUAAUGAACAUGACCCAGUACUGUAGGAUCAUUUGACUAGGAUUGAAGUAGAUCCUAUCCUUCUAAUUGGAUAUUAUCACAGGUACUGUAUCUCCAUCAUAUAAUUAAAUAAUGUAUCUAUAUGAUCUCCAUGUACCUGAACUGUACGGCCUACUAUGCCCACAUAGCCAGUAUUACCUCCAUACAAGCAGGCUUAAUAGAGACGCCUUACCUACGCUGAGUCCUCCACUGCGCUGCUCCUCCUGCACAAAGAGCCCACACAUCCUGGGCUCUGGCCCAACACAGGGCUUCUCUAUGGGGCUUCUAUUUACAGAGGAAGGGUGGAUAAUAUGGCUGUUACACCUCAAAGAUGUGCCCUUACAGCUUUGGCAUUUGUUGGAAACAGUAGUGCAGGACACCUGUUUCUUCUAUUCACUGUCUUAGGUCUAAGCCCGUUAGCCCUCCUGUGUAAAAUACUGUCACCCUAUUCUCCCCAAUCAAGAUGCACAGACCACCUGUCCUGUCCUGAAGCACCUCAGUAUGUUGGUGUUGUUAAGAUUUUCUGUUAAAAUGGGAUUUGGCCAGGAUGUCUCACAUUGCGUGAGUCUGAAAUGCCCCAUAGUGGUCUGGUCAAAAGUAGUGCACUAUAUAGGGAAUAGGAUGCCAUUUUAGACACAGCCAUAGUCCACCUCCACACAGUACUGAAGUAGUAGACAGAUGGCCAUGGCAACCAUAUGUCUCCUUACUGUUGGCACAGGGGCCCUUUAAUGAAUACACAAGCCAGAAGGAAUGUGUUUAUGGCUGUAUGCCUGUGUGCUCUGACUAUUUACAGCUCGGUCACUGCAGAAGAACUCGGGUCUCCUUUGUUAACCUAAGAGAAAAACAUACACAUUUAUUUAUAUGAUACUGGGAGUUAGUGAAUGUGGUAUCACCUUGGCUACAACAAUAACUUUGUCCUCUGAAGCGUGGAUAGGAAAGGUAAGCGGUUGAACAUCUCCAUUCCAGGCUUGGAAUGGAGAUGUUGUUUGUGUCUUUGUCAGACACCGCUAGUCAGUGCACCUUUCCUCAUUGCUCAAGGUGGGACUCAGUAGACAGUGAGAGACCAAAUUAUCUAAUUAUCCCAAUUCGACCACUUGUCCCCUUUACCCUAUGUGUUGACCAGUACCGGUGCAUGAGUAAAAUCACUGGGGAAGCCAAGCCCCCCUUCCCGAAAACGACAUAUUGCAACCUAUGUGUUGUGAUAAUAUCGUUGUUUGCUCUUUAACCUGUUAAUUAAUAUGCCUUGCAACCGUGAUAUAUAGGCCUAAAGGCCGAGACAAUAAGAAGACACAACCACACCUUUGUUUUAUCACAAAACCGUAUAUAGCAACCUCUGUCCAGUGAAGUUAACAUUAGCCUUCUACAUCUAGCUACAUAUUGAACUUCCAUCCUCUCAGGCCAGGGGCACAACAAUGUAUGAAUUAAUGGUUGGAUCAGAAUCAUCGUUAUAAUCAUUGGCCAGUACAGAGAAUUAAGUAAAACCACAAGUCCAAAUCCCUAUCUCCAUCCAUGGCUAAUUUAGGAAAGGGCCAAUUUUAGCUAGCUGGCUAGCUAGUCACCGAACGACAUCAACACAACGGAGAUGCAACAAUUCAAGUUUUUCUGUCAAUGACAUAUGCUCUCAAUGGGAUUUGAUAGGAGUGAUGCCAAAUCCAAGCUGGCUUCCCGUGACACUUUUUUUUGGUGCACCAGGACCAUUAACAGUUGAGCUCAACACUGAUUGGCUAUAAAAAAAAAUAAAAAAAAUUGUCAAGGGAGGCCAGAUGCUCGCUGGCUUCCCUUGCCUUCAGUGCUACGGGCGGCAACAAUGUCAUACUCGUUUGGACCAGACAGCAUCAGAUAGAUGGCCUACAUCUAGAGAGACAGAGGGGCGCUGUAUCGCUCGCUCGGAUGCGUUCUCCUGUGAGAUACAUUCAGCCUCUUGUGAAUUAAAGGAAAAUUAUGAAACACAGAGAGACGAAAGAUACAUUAUAAUUUUUUAAUUUUUUUAUUUUAUUGGUCAAUUUUUUGGGGGAAGCUUCCAUUGGCAUCCAUGAAUACAUGCCACUGGUGUUGACUGACUAAUGUGUGUGUCGCCAGGCCAGACGGCGCUCCACAUCGCCAUCGAGAGGCGCUGUAAGCAGUAUGUGGAGCUGCUUGUGGAGAAAGGGGCGGAUGUCCACGCUCAGGCCCGGGGACGCUUCUUCCAACCCAGGGACGAGGGGGGCUACUUCUACUUUGGUAAGACACCACAACGGUAGAAUCAGAUCUGAUCCAUUCUACUGUCUACAGAAACUCUUUGUGUAAGAUUCAGAUUCAAGAGGUAAUAUUUUAUUGGCAUACCAAGAACCAAAGUUAUCAGUCAGCAGGAGCUUAAUCAAAUAAAAUCAAGCUUUAUUUAUAUAGCACAUUUCAGUCAUGGAAUGGAACACAAUGUCCUUCACAAUUAAAAAAUAAAUAAAAACAAUGAAAAUAAAAACUUAAAUAUUUACUACACAGCAAACAUUAGAGGAUAAAAACGAUUGAAUAACAAUAAAAACUGAACGACUAAAAAGCACCCUAAGGAAUAGCAAAGCUAAAAAUAUGUGUUUUAAGAUCUAUUUUAAAUAUGCUUAAAGUAACAGUACACUGCAGGAGUAUGGUUUAAUCACAUAAUGAGAAUUCUUAGGUAUCCAUAUGGUGCUAUGUAUAGUAACAUUCAUGCCCUCCUAGUCUAUUAUUGAACUUUGGCAGUAUUUCGAUACUAGUAAAGUUAUAUUCUAUUUCUCAUGGUUUUCAAUGAUAUGUCUGAUGUUUUACAUGACAGGGGGCCAUUGGUUCCCCACACUGUGAGGUCAUGUCAGUGUGUCUUUAAGUAGUGCACUUGAAAAGUAAUUUUCUAGCUAUCUCAGUGUGCCUUUAUUGUACAUGCCCAAAGGUUUGUGCUAUAAAGACUGGAUCGCUGCACAGUAGGAUAACUUGGAGUAAAUACUUACUGGACCACAGCUAAGGUAGUGCUUAGUUUCUCUUGGAAAAUGCUUUCAGUUGCCAUGGUAAAAUUAACUGACAUUUUACUUUUUACGUGGCCGUUUUGGGCUGGGCAAACACAGUCAGAAUAGUUCGAUAGGCCAAUGGUAAACUUCUAUAAUCACCCAAAACUAGUCUGAAGUCAUAUCAUCAAAAAUAUCAUUAUUAGUAGUCAUCUCCAAAAAAGAAAAGAAAACAUGUCACAAGUUCAACAAGUAUUUCUGAGCAGUUUGGUGAAAGGUGUCUGUGUCUUGCUGCUGAAGAAAAGCAAACAUACCCACUCCACUUCAGAUGGGUGGGCUGCCCAUGCUUUGCUGACUUCACCGAGGUUCCUGGUCAAGAGUACAUUGACAGAAAGCCUCCAAAUAAAACAUGUCACUCCAUACUGCCCUCUGCUGAUUGGACAGUAUCCCUGAAACUCUCAACCCUGAACUCAACAUUCGACUAUUUCCAGAGUAGACUACAUCCCAUUCACCUCAACUAGACCUUCCAGCCUCAAGUUCAACAAACAAAUACCCUUUUCACACUAUCCUGUCGAACCGAACUGCACUGUGCGAACUGCACUGUGCUGGCUCGGAUACGUUACCUUGACAUAGUCCUUUCAAGCACUGUCGGCAACUAUGGUCGAUGCAUAACCAGGCCAGUGCAGUACCCUACAGCUCUGCUUGGCUCAGGAAUGUGAAAGGGUUAUAAAGGAGAUGGAGGGAGAGGCAUAGAUAGAGAUACAGGUAGAAAGAGAUAAUAUUUUAGUACGCAAAUAUAUCCCCAAAAUAUUCUCUACUGUCAUUGUUAAUGUAUUAAUGCAUUAAAUUCCAUGCUCAUCACCCGAGGGAUGAUAUCCAGUGUGACUGUCAUUCCCAAAUCAUUCCCAAAUCCCGCACCGGAGCUUUGUGCUGAGGUGAACAGGAAACCUGGCAGAGAGGCGACAGCUAAUGUGAUUUAGCGCUAGCUAACACUCCACGAGCACCCGUGCAAAUCCAUGAAGAGGAGCGUUUCCCAUGAGAGGUGACAGGGUAGUCUGUCACCCAUGGCAACGGCUCGUUUUCAGCAGCUGCUUUUGGCCCACUAGUUUCAAGACAUGGGCCCCUCCCUCAGACAAGUAGUGUUUAAUUGUGCUCUUUUCGGUGUAAGAAUUUAAGUCCAAUCUUUGAUCCACGUUUAGAGAGCCUUACAAAGACAUGCUUAAAGUGUUUUGCUGUUCCACAAGAACUUGCAUCAAUUCCUAGAGUGGAAAGAGACUGCCUGACUGCCAGGUCGGCGGGGUUGCACAUUUGGGACUUUUCUAUUGGUUCCAUCGUAAAAGGGGAUCCUUUUGAUGUAUGUGCUUGUUGCUGUGUGUCUCUGACGGUAUCUCUUUGGCCAGGCGAGCUGCCUCUGUCGCUGGCAGCGUGCACCAACCAGCCAAACAUGGUGCACUACCUGACCGAGAAUGCCCACAAGAAGGCCGACCUUCGACGGCAGGACUCACGCGGCAACACAGUGCUGCACGCCCUUGUGCACAUCGCCGACAACACUCGGGACAACACCCGCUUCCUCACCAAGAUGUACGACGUGCUGCUGACCAAGUGUGCCAAGCUCUACCCAGAAGGCAGUCUGGAGGACGUGCUCAACAAUGAUGGCAUGUCGCCCCUCAUGAUGGCGGCCAAGCUGGGAAAAAUUGGGGUGAGAUUGAGAACGAACACAUAUAUCACGUGUAUGUGGAACUAUAAUCUUAAAGGGAUAUUUUGAGGAACAUUAGCAACGCCAAUGGGAAUGCUAUUGCGUGGUGCUUCGAGGGGUUAGGUAUUGUAUUAUUGACAGAAAAAUAUAAUCACAUCCAUUAUAAAACAGACAAAAAAGGUCAACUUCGUUAUUAUGAUUUUCUCCCAGGUUUUCCAGCACAUCAUUCGCAGGGAGAUCAAGGACGAGGAAGCGCGUCACCUCUCGCGGAAGUUUAAGGACUGGGCAUACGGCCCCGUGUACUCCUCCCUGUACGACCUCUCCUCCCUGGACACCUGUGGAGAGGAGGUGUCUGUGCUAGAGAUCCUGGUCUACAACAGCCGCAUUGAGGUGUGUGAUAGCAGGCUGAGCUAAAGCCUGGGCUUUAAAGCUCUGGGAGCUAACUUAAGUCUUCAGUGCAUGUUUUGUGCCUAAGCAUAUGAGAUGGGGCGUGAUAGACAGGGGCUACGUGUGUUUUUCUAUUUCUACCUGUAAUAGAUGUUUUACUGAGAUAGGCCUAGGAAAGAUAUAAGGUGAUGUCUCAUUCACACCAUACUGGAUGUCUUUCUGCACUGUCCACAGAAUCGCCAUGAGAUGCUGGCUGUGGAGCCCAUCAACGAGCUGCUGAGAGCCAAGUGGCAGAAGUUUGCUGCCGUCACCUUCUACAUCAGUGUUGUGUCCUACCUGGUGACCAUGAUCAUCUUCACCCUGGUGGCCUACUACCGCCCAUCCCAGGGAACGGUACGUAUGUUCCCAACAACUCACAUACAAAUACAAAAAAUGUAUGUACUUAUACAAAGUCGCUUUGGAUGAAAGUGUCAGCAUUAUUAUUAUAUUACUAUACGUAUACUGUGAAAACAGUAUGGGUGUCACCACCAGCAAAGCUUUAACUCUGUUUGUCCCUGCCCAGCCUCCGUACCCCUAUACCACCUCCACAGACUACCUGCGUCUGGUAGGGGAGAUUGUCACCCUGUGCUCUGGAGUCUUCUUCUUCCUCACCAACGUGAGUUUUUUCUUCUGGUUGAAGCAUCCAAUCAGAGUCAGACAGCUUUGAAUGUUGACUCUACAAUAAACAACUUAUUUCAAAGGUGACUCGAAAUGUGUACACAAACACACACUUUUGCUAUAAAUCUUAGAUCUCCCCUGUAAAUGUAUCUUGUUUAUUUUCUGACAUUCAUUGAAGCAAUAAUCUAUAGCGCUAGCUCUCUCUCUCUCUCUCUCUCUCUCUCUCUCUCUCUCUCUCUCUCUCUCUCUCUCUCUCUCUCUCUCUCUCUCUCUCUCUCUCUCUCUCUCUCUCUGCUUUGUAGAUUAAGGACCUCUUACUGAAGAAAUGCCCUGCGGUGAACUCCAUAUUUGUCAAUGGAUCCUUUCAGCUGCUCUAGUAAGACUCCAGCUCCUCCCCCCCUCUGUAGCUCCCUCUGACUUGUACACAAGGCUUAUUUCUCAUCCUUUUUUAAUUGAGUCGUCUAAUUAAUUCCACAUUAAAGCCCCCCUUUCCCUGGUACGUUUUAUAGUUGACAUCUUCUUUAAUUAAACCUACGAUCCCAACAAAGAGCGGAGGAUGUUGACCGCUGCUCCGAAGCAUGUUUGUUUUCAUCAUUAGCACUGCAUCUGCGAGGGCCUACAUGGUGCCCGUUAAAUGCCAAAUGGCACUCCCAUGUACGAGAAAUAUUAUCUGUAUCUAUCACGUAGGUAGGAGAAUGAUUAUUGCUGUUUCCUGGAAUGUUCUUAUUGGACAUGUUCAGAUAGUACCUCCCCAUUUCGGUCCGUUUUCUUCCGUUUGGGGCAAAUGAAUAUGGCCGAACUCUUAUAUAUUUUUUAGCUUCAUCUACUCUUUGCUGGUGAUAGUGACUGCGGCCCUCUACCUGUCGGGUAUGGAGGCCUAUGUGGCUGUGAUGGUGUUUGCGUUGGUCCUGGGCUGGAUGAACACUCUCUACUUCACCAGAGGCCUGAAGCUCACCGGCACCUACAGCAUCAUGAUACAGAAGGUAUCAACUCUUUCACUCUUUCAUCCAUCACAUUGAAUAUGAAAUGAAUAUGGACUAUUUGGACACUAGACAGCAGAUCACAAUUUAUCCUUCUUCUUUGGCUCUCAGAUUCUCUUCAAAGAUCUGUUCCGGUUUCUACUGGUCUACCUGCUCUUCAUGAUUGGAUACGCGUCAGGUACAGUGUCCUCUAAUCAGCACUUCUUCUCAGCAGUCUGUUGACCAGUUGAAACAGAAGAGAACCUCCCUCUUCAUCUCCUUAUGUCUCCCAUCUUCUCCCCAGCUCUUGUGUCCCUCCUGACGGUGUGCCCCGGGCCGGAAGAGGUGUGUCCGGAGAAAGGCGGCUGCCCCACCUACCCCCAGUGCCGGGACACAAACACCUUCAGCAAAUUCCUGCUGGACCUGUUCAAACUGACCAUCGGUAUGGGCGAUCUGGACAUGGUCAGCAAGACUCAGUACCCGGCUGUCUUCCUCAUCCUGCUGGUCACCUACAUCAUCCUCAGCUUUGUUCUACUGCUCAACAUGUUGAUCGCUCUGAUGGGAGAGACGGUGAGCCAGGUGUCCAAGGAGAGCAAGAAGAUCUGGAAGCUGCAGGUUAGUGAGGAGGACAGCUGAUGGACAGGUUCCCUGGUGAACGCCUGGGUUGUAUUCAUUAGGGCACAUUGUUGAAAAUGUUUUGCAAUAGAAAACAAAAAACUAGCAUUUCAUAUUGGACAGAAAGUGCAGAAAAUCUGUCUUAUUUUUGGUGACUAAUGAACACAACCCUGUUAUCCUCUGUUGAUGGCCUUAUGCACAGUGCAUCAUCUAGGCAGAGCCACAUUAAGUAGGCCUAUGUUAUGAAAAACACUACUACAUGUCAGUUGCCGUUAUGUUUUAAUGACAGUGGGCUACGACCAUCCUGGACAUUGAGCGCUCCUUCCCUGUGUGUCUGCGGAAGUCCUUUCGGUCCGGGGAGAUGGUGACAGUGGGGAAGAACUGGGACGGCACCCCCGACUGCCGCUGGUGCUUUAGGUACACAUAGUCGUUUCUCUGGACUCUCACCCCUCUCUGCACUAGAGAAACGUGUCUGAUUGGUCAGUCAGUCAGACAGCCCAGUGUCUUCUUUAUAGGACGCCGUUUGUGAUAUGCUAUAUUUUGUGAAAAAGAUUAAUUCCACAAAAUGCAAACAUCUUCUGUGGUCACCCAGGGUGGACGAGGUCAACUGGUGCCAUUGGAAUCAGAACCUGGCCAUAAUCAACGAAGACCCGGGCAAGAACAUAACAGAAACCCUCCCAAGCUCCAGUACAGUGCAUCAAACCGUCCGUGGCCUGAGGAGAGGUGACACUCUAAUACUUUGUUUUCUAAUAAAUGCUCAAGUGCACUAAUGCACAUACACAGUCUACAAAGACAAAUAUACAGUACAGUGUAUAAGGGCAAGGUAAAUCACAUUUGCCAACCUUUGACCUUUGUUCCCCAACCUCCUGUAGAUCGUUGGUCCACGAUGGUGCCGCGGGUUAUGGAGCAGAAUAAAGGGCAGCAACCACGUGACCUAGUACUGGAAAUGGAGCCACUGACCUCCAGACACUGACCCUGUGCAGAGGGCUAGAGCCCAGCACCCCAGGGAGGGCCAAUGUUAAGAACCUGCAGAUCGAAGGUCAUCAUACUCAGACUGACAAAAAAAGUGUUGGGCCACAAAGUUUGCCACUUUGCACAAAACUCUGUUGCCAAAUAUAUAAUUUAAGUAUUAUAAGACAAUCUAACGCUAGAUUCCUAUCUUUCAAAAAAUGUGUAUGUUCAAAGCCAACCAUUAAUUGCUGUGAUGACCAGUCUCCUCUACCUGAGGAUACUACUUGAUGGUUUUAACCCAGGGGGAAGGUGCAUCUUUACCUGGUCGCUGAUUCGAAUCCCCUAGCCGACUAGGU